AUGCCUGCUGCUGCUCCAUCCAGAGUGAGCUCUGGGACAGACCCCACUGGCCUCCCCUGGACUCGCCCUACACAAAUGAACUCCUCCGUGACCCCUGGGCUGUGGGUCUUCCGAGGCCAGGAGCAAGCAGAGCGGGACCAGUUUCUGCACCGGCCGCCCCGUCGCCCAUUUCCCGACUGUGGCCUUGAGGCUCUCGAGGACGGAAGACAGGAGAGCACUGAGGGCAUUUGGGAGGAAGAGCAGCCUAAAGAAAUUAACAAACCCACUAAACAAGAUGACCCUCAAACAGAAAGGGAGUCGACUGGUGAACCUUCAGAACUUAUUACCACAGAGGAAACGAUUACGGCUGAAGAUGUCAGUCCGGUUGAGACACGUCUACAGAGAAUACGCCCCAAAGUAAAGAGGGCCCCUAGUAAUGUUCAGCAAGCCAUAAUAAAGAUCCAGACCUGGUGGCGCGGGACCCUGGUGCGCUGGACACUGCUGCACGCGGCCCUCAGGGCUUGGAUCAUCCAGAACUGGUGGAGGCUGACGCUGGUGAAGGUGCUGGAGAAGAGGCGGCAGGUGGCCCUAAAGAACUUUUCACACCAGGAGUGGGCAGCGGUCAGGCUGCAGUCCUGGGUCCAUAUGUGGCGCAUCCGCCAGCGCUACUGCCACUUGCUCAACGCUGCCCGCAUCAUCCAGGCCUACUGGCGGUGCCACUCCUGUGCUUCCCGGGGUUUCCUGAAGGGCCACUACAAAGUCACAGCCAACCAACUGCAUCUGGAGCUGGAGAUGUUUCUGGGCUCAGGGCCUUGCAUUGUGACAGAGUGUAUUCCCCUCCCAGUAAAGGAGUGA